ACUUUAGCUCAGACCUUUCUCUUAACCUUGCCUAUCAUGUUUCGAGUCAAAAUUUAAAUACUGUACAGUUUAAGCUACAAUAUGCUUGGCCUAUAACUUGGUUCCAGGCGUUUAUAUUUAUGUCACUUUUGUCUACUUAUUAUACUAACAAGGUGGAAAAAGCAAUCCCAGUCUCUCCAAAAGACAAGAUGUGAAAUGGAGAAGUAUCUGACACCUCAGCUUCCUCCAGUUCCUAUAAUUCCAGAGCAUAAAAAGUAUAGACGAGACAGUGCCUCAGUCGUAGACCAGUUCUUCACUGACACUGAAGGGUUACCUUACAGUAUCAACAUGAACGUCUUCCUCCCUGACAUCACUCACCUGAGAACUGGCCUCUACAAAUCCCAGAGACCGUGCGUAACACACAUCAAGACAGAACCUGUUGCCAUUUUCAGCCACCAGAGUGAAACGACUGCCCCUCCUCCGGCCCCGACCCAGGCCCUCCCUGAGUUCACCAGUAUAUUCAGCUCACACCAGACCGCAGCUCCAGAGGUGAACAAUAUUUUCAUCAAACAAGAACUUCCUACACCAGAUCUUCAUCUUUCUGUCCCUCCCCAGCAGGGCCACCUGUACCAGCUACUGAAUACACCGGAUCUAGAUAUGCCCAGUUCUACAAACCAGACAGCAGCAAUGGACACUCUUAAUGUUUCUAUGUCAGCUGCCAUGGCAGGCCUUAACACACACACCUCUGCUGUUCCGCAGACUGCAGUGAAACAAUUCCAGGGCAUGCCCCCUUGCACAUACACAAUGCCAAGUCAGUUUCUUCCACAACAGGCCACUUAUUUUCCCCCGUCACCACCAAGCUCAGAGCCUGGAAGUCCAGAUAGACAAGCAGAGAUGCUCCAGAAUUUAACCCCACCUCCAUCCUAUGCUGCUACAAUUGCUUCUAAACUGGCAAUUCACAAUCCAAAUUUACCCACCACCCUGCCAGUUAACUCACAAAACAUCCAACCUGUCAGAUACAAUAGAAGGAGUAAUCCCGAUUUGGAGAAGCGACGCAUCCACUACUGCGAUUACCCUGGUUGCACAAAAGUUUAUACAAAGUCUUCUCAUUUAAAAGCUCACCUGAGGACUCACACUGGUGAAAAGCCAUACAAGUGCACCUGGGAAGGCUGCGACUGGAGGUUCGCGCGAUCGGAUGAGCUGACCCGCCACUACCGGAAGCACACAGGCGCCAAGCCCUUCCAGUGCGGGGUGUGCAACCGCAGUUUCUCGCGCUCCGACCACCUGGCCCUGCACAUGAAGAGGCACCAGAACUGAGCGCUGCCCAUGCCACCCGACCCGUUCCAGGUCCCCGGGCUCCCUUUCAAACAACAAACCUAACUGUUCCUAUAUAUAUAUAUAUAUAUAUAUAUAUAAAAAAAGAAAGGAAAACAACAAAAACUGGAAAUGUAUAUUUUGUAUAUUUGAGAAAACAGGGAAUACAUUGUAUUAAUACCAAAGUGUUUGGUCAUUUUAAGAAUCUGGAAUGCUUGCUGUAAUGUAUAUGGCUUUACUCAAGCAGAUCUCAUCUCAUGACAGGCAGCCACAUCUCAACAUGGGUAAGGGGUGGGGGUGGAGGGGAGUGUGUGCAGCAUUUUUACCUAGGCACCGUCAUUUAAUGUGACAGUGUUCAGUAAACAAAUCAGUUGGCAGGCACCGGAAGAAGAAUGGAUUGUAUGUCAAGAUUUUACUUGGCAUUGAGUAGUUUUUUUCAAUAGUAGAUAAUUCCUUAGAGGUAUACAGUGUACCUGGCAAUUCACAAAUAGCCAUUGAACAAAUGUGUGGGUUUUUUAAAAAUAUAUACAUAUAUGAGUUGCCUAUAUUUGCUAUUCAAAAUUUUGUAAAUAUGCAAAUCAGCUUUAUAGGUUUAUUACAAGUUUUUUAGGAUUCUUUUGGGGAAAAGUCAUAAUUCUUUUGAAAAUAACCGUAAAUACACUUACAGUUAGAAUUUGUGGUAAGAUACCUCUCAACAUUACCAAAAUCAUUUCUUUAGAGGGAAGGAAUAAUCAUUCAAAUGAACUUUAAAAAAGCAAAUUUCAUGCACUGAUUAAAAUAGGAUUAUUUUAAAUACAAAAGGCGUUUUAUAUGAAUUAUAAACUGAAGAGCUUAAAGAUAGUUACAAAAUACAAAAGUUCAACCUCUUACAAUAAGCUAAACGCAAUGUCAUUUUUAAAAAGAAGGACUUACGAUGUCGUUUUCACAUAUGACAAUGUUGCAUUUACGAUGCAGUUUCAUGUACCGAAACGUUGAAUUGAUGAUGCAGUUUUCAUAUAUCGAGAUGUUCGCUCCUGCAGUACUGUUGGUUAAAUGACAAUUUAUGUGGAUUUUGCAUGUAAUAUACAGUGAGACACAGUAAUUUUAUCUAAAUUACAGUGCAGUUUAAUCUCUUAAUACUGACUCAGUGUCUGCCUUUAAAUAUAAAUGAUAUGUUGAAAACUUAAGGAAGCAAGUGCUACAUAUAUGCAAUAUAAAAUAGUAAUGUGAUGCUGAUGCUGUUAACCAAAGGGCAGAAUAAAUAAGCAAAAUGCCAAAAGGGGUCUUAAUUGAAAUGAAAAUUUAAUUUUGUUUUUAAAAUAUUGUUUAUCUUUAUUUAUUUUGUGGUAAUAUAGUAAGUUUUUUUAGAAGACAAUUUUCAUAACUUGAUAAAUUAUAGUUUUGUUUGUUAGAAAAGUUGCUCUUAAAACAUGUAAAUAGAUGACAAACGAUGUAAAUAAUUUUGUAAGAGGCUUCAAAAUGUUUAUACGUGGAAACACACCUACAUGAAAAGCAUAAAUUGGUUGCUGUUUUGCUUCUUUUUCCCUCUUAUUUUUGUAUUGUGGUCAUUUCCUAUGCAAAUAAUGGAGCAAACAGCUGUAUAGUUGUAGAAUUUUUUGAGAGAAUGAGAUGUUUAUAUAUUAACGACAUUUUUUUUUUUUGAAAAUAAAAAGUGCCUAAAAGA